AUGGGAUCUGGUAGUUCUGUGAAUGUCAAUUACAAGUACUCCCUGCAGAAGUCUGAAAAUGCUUUCAAGGCAGCUGUUUUGAUCCAGCAGUGGUAUCGGCGCUAUGUUGCUCGGCUGGAGAUGCGCCGCCGCUGCACCUGGAGAAUCUUCCAAUCCAUCGAGUAUGCCUGCGAGCAGGACCAGAUCAAGCUUCACAACUUCUUCAGUUACCUCAUGGAGCAGUUCACGCCAAGCAGCAGCAAAGAGAGGGAUUUUAUCAGUCGCAUGUUCAUAACUGGAGAAAGCUACAAAGAGGCAGAGCUGGAAAAAUACUGUGACUAUGAAUCCAUAGAGGUGCCAGACUCCUAUACUGGACCCCAUCUCUCUUUCCCACUCCUUCCUGACCAUGCAACUGCCUUGCUGGAAGCUUUCAAACAGAAACAACAGCUUCAUGCUCGCUAUGUCUUAAACCUUCUGCAUGAGACCAGGAAGCACCUCAAGCAGCUGCCAAACAUCAGCCACGUCUCCACCUGCUACAGCGAGGAGGUCACUGUGUGUGGAGACUUGCAUGGCCAGCUGGAUGACUUGUUCCUCAUAUUUUAUAAGAAUGGUCUUCCUUCCCCUUCCAAGUCCUAUGUGUUUAAUGGAGACUUUGUAGACAGAGGCAAACAGUCCCUUGAGAUCCUCCUCAUCCUCUUUACCUUCCUAUUGAUCUAUCCAAAGGAGGUUCACCUCAACCGUGGGAACCACGAGGACCACAUGGUCAACUUACGCUAUGGCUUCACCAAGGAAGUGAUGCAGAAGUACAAGGUGCAUGGGAAGAAAAUCUUAAGGAUGUUUCACAAUGUCUUCUGCUGGCUGCCCCUGGCCACCCUGAUUGAUCAGAAAGUCCUUAUUCUACACGGAGGCAUCUCUGACACCACUGACCUGGACAUGCUUGAGAAAAUUCAAAGGGACAAAUUUAUUUCUGUAUUAAGAAUGAAGAAAAGGAAGGAGUCAAAUAGAAAAGUGGAAAUGUGGAACGUAAAUGGGGAAAGCAAAUCAGAGGCUGAUGCAGCAGGGAAUGAGGCAGCUCCUAGGCUAUCUCUGCAGCCCCAGCCAGCCCAGGCUCCCAGCACGGCUAACAGGCUGGAGUUCUCCAAGUGGCUCCGGCAGACGGUGCAGGAGCAAAUCGACACGUGCCGCCGGCUGGUGGAUAUCAGCGAGUCGGAGCCAGAGGAGCUCACCUACUCCAGCAUGGUCUCCCUGAAGUAUGGGGAUGAGCCGUGCUGGACUCAUCAGGAGGAGUGGCAGCAGAUCUUAAACAUUCUCUGGAGUGACCCCAUGCCUCAGGAGGGCUGCAGAGCAAACAAGGUGCGAGGUGGCGGCUGCUACUUUGGGCCUGACGUGACAGAGAAGUUCCUUGAGAAAUACAACUUGCAGUUCCUCAUCCGCUCCCAUGAGUGCAAGCAAGAGGGCUAUGAGUUCUGUCACAGACGGAAGGUGCUGACCAUAUUUUCAGCCUCAAACUACUAUGAGAUUGGCAGCAACAGGGGAGCCUAUGUGAAGCUGGGACCGGACCUCGUGCCCCACUUUGUUCAGUAUCAAGCAAACAAGGCGGCCCAUACACUCACCAUGACCCAAAGAAUCAGCAGAGUAGAGGAGUCUGCCUUCCGAGCCCUGCGGGAGAAGCUCUUUGCUCACACCUCCGCCCUCAUCAGUGCGUUCAAGGCCUACGACGAGGACAACACAGGAAGGAUCACGCUGAGCAACUGGGCGACGGCACUGGAGUCAGUCCUGCGCCUGGGCCUGCCCUGGCGAAUGCUGAGACCGCAGCUGGUGCGCAGCACAGAGGAUGGCAUGCUGGAAUACAAAUCCUGGCUGGAUGACCUGGCCAUGGAGCAGCGGAGCCAAGAGCACAUCCAGUCAAGCCUGCUGGAAGUCAUUUACCGGAACAGAUCCAACUUGGAGACAAUAUUCAGGAUCAUAGACAGGGACCAUUCAGGUCUCAUCUCAUUUGAGGAAUUCCAGCAGACCUGGAAGCUGUUCAGCUCCCACAUGAACAUUGAGCUCACGGACGAUGGCAUCAACGACUUGGUUCGCAGCAUUGAUUUCAAUAAGGAUGGGAACAUCGACUUCAACGAGUUCCUGGAGGCCUUUCGCCUUGUCAGGCAGUGCCAGGCAUGAGAGUCCCCGUCCAGGGCUGCCAUGUCCAAUGCCUUCGUGUCUGAGCAGCCGGGACUGCGUCCCACCCAGCUGCAGAGUGCCUGCGGAUGCUGAGCGGGGAAGGCAGGUACCCCAAACAGAGAGCAGCAGCUGUGACCCAUCAGGGAGAGGCAACAGGCAAAAUACAUGCACUGCAAUUCUGACCAUUUGUACAAAAAGCUGCAUUUUAAGUAGAAAGGACUCCACAAAGGGAAG